AUCUUGGCACAACCAGCGCACCAGGGCUCGGCACAACCGCUACACCGGGGCUUGGCACAACCAGCGCACCAGGGCUCGGCACAACCGCUACACCGGGGCUUGGCACAACCAGCGCACCAGGGCUCGGCACAACCGCUACACCGGGGCUUGGCACAACCAGCGCACCAGGGCUCGGCACAACCGCUACACCGGGGCUUGGCACAACCAGCGCACCAGGGCUCGGCACAACCGCUACACCGGGGCUUGGCACAACCAGCGCACCAGGGCUCGGCACAACCGCUACACCGGGGCUUGGCACAACCAGCGCACCAGGUCUCGGCACAACCGCUACACCGGGGUGGCCCCGGCAAAACCUCGACCCCAGAUCUGGGCCCAGCCGGUACACAGGGUCUCAGCACCACCGGCACGGCAAGUCUUGGCACAACUGA